UUACAAUAGAUGACAAUCUGUAAGGGUUUUUCUUCUUGGCGUUGCACUAAGAACUGGGAACAGUCCACAGUGAAGGAGAGGCUCUUCCCACCCAUUUAUCUUGUGUUGCAGCUGUUUGUCUAAGAGGAUAAGUCAUCUUCUUCAUCAUCGAACUUGAAAGGUAAUGGCAAGCAAUGACAGAGUCCCCCCUCCCCACCUCCGGCUCCCUCUUCCUGGCCGGAGCAUGGUCCAUCCUGAUCCUUAUGGUCCUCCAAUUCAUCCUCCACCUGGUGGUUUCCCUCUAGAAAUGUUGCCUCCUGAAGUUAUGGAACAAAAACUUACUGCACAACAUGUCGAAAUGGACAAACUUGCGACAGAAAAUCAGAGGCUUGCCACAACCCAUAGAACUCUUAGACAAGAUCUUGCUACUGCUAAGCAUGAGUUGCAGUCAGUACAUGCUUACAUUGCUGAUAUGAAGGCUGAUAAAGAACAACACACAAGAAGAUUAAUGGAUAAAAUAGCAAGGAUGGAGGCUGAACUUCAAGCUGCAGAGUCCAUCAAAACAGAGUUGCAGCAAGCACAUGCUGAAGCUAAGAGCUUGUUUGGUGCAAGGCAGGAACUAAUAUCCCAAGCGCAACAGCUGACACGCGAUCUUCAGAUGGCUCACUCUGAGGCACAGCAGAUUCCUGCUCUAAUGUCUGAACUUGAGAACCUGAGACAGGAAUAUCAGCAUUGCAGGGCUACUUACGACUAUGAGAAGAAAUUAUACAGUGACCAUCUUGAAUCACUUCAGGUGAUGGAGAAGAAUUAUAUGGCUAUGUCUAGAGAGGUGGAUAAGCUUAGAGCAGAGUUAACUAAUUCCACAAACUUUGACCCACGAACAGGAGGGCCAUAUGGUGGCUCUGCUGGUUACAGUGGGGGUAUUCCCAUGGGGAACUAUGCUACAUAUGAUGGCUAUGGCUUACCGCAGCAGGGCCAAACCCCAGUUUUAGGAGGGGGUACUGGUGCUGGAGCUGCUGGCACUGGGAGUGGAGCACGUGAUUCUGGCACUGGGGUUACUUCUCCUCAUGUUGUAGCUCAAUCUGCACCUGGUGGUUUGGGGGCUGCUUACGAUGCAUCAAAAAGGCCUGGCUACGAUGCACUGAGAGGACCUACUGGACCUGGAUAUGAUGUACAGAGAGGACCAACUGGACCUGCAUAUGAUGCACAGAGAGGACCAACUGGACCCGGCUACGAUGGAGAGAGAGUACCGACUGGACCCAGUUACAAUGCACAGAGAGGACCAACUGGACUCAGUUACGAUCCACAGAGAGGACCUAAGCAAGACACUCAGAAGGGACCAGGGUAUGAUGCUGAUAAAGCACCUGGUUAUGAUGGUCAAAGGCCGCCACCUACUUAUGAUUUCCGAAGAGAUUCAGGAAAUGACAUACAAAGGGGAUCUAACUAUGACCCGCAGAAAGCAGCUGGCUAUGAUCCAUUGUCUCGAGGUGCUGUAGGGCCCCAAGGACAGGUACCUAAUGAAAAUGUACACCAUACAUCAGCACCACCACCUCCUACUCGUCCAAGUGGUGGAUAUGAGGCACCCGGACGAGGUGGAAAUCCCAUUCACAGAUGAUUUCAGGACCCUCUCAACUUUAUUGUCAUCUGAAUUUUCUUCACGUAAUGCCUCGAGUAAUUCAUCUUGCACUUUACUUAUCAUUCUUCAUCCGGCCAAUGCUUCUCCCUCGUACUCUCUCUCUCUCAUCAGGGCAUAUCUAUAGUGAAGUUCUGAUAUGGAAGUAUAAGAAAGGUAGUUAUUGACUUAUUGUGCAAGUCAAACUUUUAGAAAGCAAAAUGUGGACGAAUACAGCUCAUGCUUUGUUGGAAGAGCCUAUCCCCCUAUAAAUUGUAGUGUUCAUGUUUAGCUUAUGAUCAUUUAUACUUUGUGAACAUGUGCAUUUUCUUAUUUUUGAUCUACUUCUGCAGUAUUUUGUUUUUGAGUAUGUUCUAGUUUUAAUUAAUAGUUUUUUGGGUAUAUGUA